GGCAUCCUGAAGCGACUGAGGGCGAUGCAUGCGGAGGAGCGACGGACCGCCCUGGCGGCGAUGCCCGAGGCGACUCGCAGGGAGUUGAUGCAUCACUUAAAGCAGGAGGCGAGCUCCUCGCGGUUACGCCGACUCCUCGGCAACGUCCCGCAGCUCCUGGAGACGGCGGAGGGCCCCAAGCGCCAGGAGCUCCUCCAGUCGGUGAGAUCCUUCGAAGCCAUCCACACGCAGGUGCUAAUGGCCCCGGACAUGGCAUCGGUGGUGCAGAUCCUUCGAGAUCUCACUCCGGAGCAGCGGCACGCCAUCGUGGAGGCGCUGCCCGAAGAGACGCAGGAGGCGCUGGAGAAGCAUCUCCGCGCCUCAAAGGCAGCCCAGGCGGCACAGCAGGCGGCGCAGCAGGCGGUGAAGGCCUUCACUGCGCAGCCCGCUCCAGCGCACGCGCUUGUGCAGACUCUUUGCCGACUGCGGUGA